CGCAUUGUUAAAUUCCCGUUUUGCUUUGCCGCCUUUCCGCGGUUUGAUUUUCCUUGGUGCUGCUAUCAGCCGAUUAGCCAAAGUUGAGACCGUCCCUGUCUGACAAGGAUUAAAGCCUUCAAUGUUAAAACAUGGAUACAAACAUCGAAGAGGUUUUACAAAAGAUUGGCAUAGGACCUCGACCUGUGGAUGAUCCAUUCUUUGAUGAUUCGUACAAAAUUUGUAGAGUUUUUGAAAGAAAAGGAAUCACUGUUGAAGACGACGAGGAGUUCAACCAUCCAUUCAUGAAAACAUUUCCCUGUAGUAUAUUUGGAUGCAAAGCCACGUUCCAAACAUUGGUUGACUUUGAAAUUCAUUACAAUGGUUGCCAUCGUUACACGUGUAUCGAAUGUAAGAAGAUAUUACCGACAGCUAGAAUAUUGGAAAUUCACACCGAGGAGAAGCAUGACAGUUUCUUUCAAGUUGCAGCUAAACAACGUCCAAUGUACCAGUGUUUUGAUUCAGCAUGUAACUUGAAAUUUGAGGAUCCCACCGUGCGGCGGGAGCAUGGCAUAAAAGUACAUAAGUUUCCAAAAAAUUUUCGAUACGACGAGGCAACAUACCAUAAGAAUCACAACGAGAAACUGGAUAAAAUGGAAUGUGAGCAAGCAGUAAAGAAUCAACAGACUUCCAAGAAACAUAUAAUUCGAUUGAACAAAAACUCUACAAAAACAUUUAUAAAUAAUGCUUCAGUGACAAUGCCAGUUAAUCGAACUACUACUCCACAAAAUGUCCCUUUGGAACCAAGUACUCCAAAUAAGAUAUCAUCUUCCUUAGUAUUUAUUCCUCGUCAAAUAAUGCAGAAAUCAUAUUCAAAAGUGCUUACAAAAAAGGAAGAUUCAGUAAAGAAUGUUCUUGAAACUGAAACCAUGAUGGAUUUGGCUGAAUCGCUACCUGAAUAAGUACCAUAUAAUUAAUUAAUUAAUUUAAUAAA